CGGGGCGGGGCUCGGCGCGGCGGGCGGGCGGGCGGUGAGUGUCGUGUGCCGCCACCUUCUGCACACCAGCAGCGCGGGGCUCGGCGGAGGCAGCCGCGGGAGCGCCAAUGCCUGGACCGACACAAGCCCUGUCCCCAAAUGGCGAGAACAAUAACGACAUCAUCCAGGAUAACGGGACCACCAUCAUCCCCUUCAGGAAGCACACCGUGCGGGGGGAGCGCUCCUACAGUUGGGGAAUGGCGGUCAACGUGUACUCUACCUCUAUAACCCAAGAGACUAUGAGCAGACAUGACAUCAUCGCAUGGGUUAAUGAUAUAUUAGCUUUAAACUACACAAAAGUUGAGCAACUCUGUUCAGGAGCAGCUUACUGCCAGUUCAUGGACAUGUUGUUCCCAGGGUGCAUUAGUUUGAAGAAAGUAAAGUUUCAAGCAAAGCUGGAGCAUGAAUACAUUCACAACUUCAAACUUCUGCAAGCAUCGUUUAAAAGAAUGAAUGUGGAUAAGGUAAUUCCUGUGGAAAAACUGGUCAAAGGGCGCUUCCAAGACAACUUAGAUUUCAUUCAAUGGUUUAAGAAGUUCUUUGACGCUAACUAUGAUGGGAAGGAGUAUGAUCCUGUGGAAGCUCGACAAGGCCAAGAUGCUCUUCCCCCACCAGAUCCCGGUGAACAGAUCUUCAACCUGCCCAAGAAGUCUCAUCAUGCAAACUCUCCAACUGCAGGUGCUGCUAAAUCCAGUCCAGCUUCUAAACCAGGAUCAACACCUUCUCGCCCAUCUUCAGCAAAAAAAGCUGCACCAAGCAGCUCAGCAUCAAAAUCAGAUAAAGAUUUGGAAACCCAAGUCAUACAGCUCAGCGAACAGGUACAUUCAUUAAAACUUGCACUUGAAGGAGUGGAGAAGGAAAGGGAUUUCUACUUUGGCAAAUUAAGGGAGAUUGAACUUCUCUGCCAAGAACACGGGGGAGAGAAUAAUGACCUUGUGAAUCGGCUAAUGGAAGUCCUUUAUGCUUCAGAAGAACAUGAGAGCCACACAGAAGAGCAUGAAGGUGAAGAGCAAGUCCAUGAACAGCCCCCGCAGCAGGAGGAGUACUGACUCACCCAGCGGCUCUGACAAUUUUCGUUUUGUGUGAGAACUUUCUUCUGGAGAAUGGAACAUGUGCGGCCUCAAACUUGAAAUCAGUUCACUCCCAGUCUGCCAUUAACAUUUAUGUACCAUAGUGAGUGCCAGCCAGCCACUGCAUUCUGUACCCAUACUUUGCCAAGAUGCAUUUGCAGACGUCUUCUUUCAGUGUAUCUUCCCAAGAGGUUGUAGGGCUACAUCACCUACUGUACAUCACUGCAACUUCACCACUUGGCUGCUUGAGAUUUGUUCUGCUCUUUAAAAAAGUAUAUAUAUUUAUUUUUUUCUUUUUUUUUUUUUGUCUUAAGUAUGAUACACUUGUAACUUGUUCUAACAUAUUUAUAUUGGCAUUUUGUGUGGCAAGAAGUACCGUACCACUAGCUGUGUCUCUCACUUUGUGGUGCUUUUGCGUUUUCUAGUACGUCUGCCUUGGGGCAUAAAUUUGGUCAAACAAUUGGAAUAAAGGGAUACAGAGGAAGUCAUAAUCAAGCCAUAACAAUGAGAUGUGUUGUGGAGGAGAAUGCUCGUGUUGCUCACGUUUAUUCCUUUCCUGCCUUCACGAAAUGCAAGGCAGAGCAUCUGUUUCACUAGCAGAGAUUUAAACCCCUGUGUUAGAAAGCUUGUUAGAAAGCUGCAUGAUAUGUUUUUUGGCUUAUUUCUGGAGGAACAGACAUCCACUUGAGUUUUUUGAAAACCCUCCUAGUUUCCUGACUAGUCAGUAGAUGCUUCCCAGCUUUUCUUCCUUCCUGAGAAAUCCAGUCCCAACCUCCAGCUGCAGCUCUGCCUCUGCAUAGCUCAAUGCUGAUGGAGGUGAGAAAUCUCCUUGACACAAGUAUAGCUGCAGGACAUGAUCUCUGCUGUCAUACUUGGCUUCCCAGCCCUCGGAAGAGGACAAAGUAGGCCAGCCGUUUCUUCUUGCUGUCCUUCCCGCUCUGCUGCCCUGGCCAUACGAGUUGGAAGACAGAAAUUUCCUCGCUGGUGUAAAGCAUGGGGAAAGACCAGCAACAGCACUAGCCUUGAGCCCCCUGAACUCUCUGUGAGUGAGUAGUGGACACUUCAUGGGUGUUGAGGCUGCUUACAAAGCACAGAGGGGCAGUUGAGGGCUCCUAUUGGAGACAGAGGAUACAUCAGAGGGGGCCCAGCUCACCAAGGGGCACAGAGUCAGUUCUUUGCUUGGCUAACCCUCCUUCAGUGAGGCCUGUGCCGGGCAGAACCAUGUCUGCCGUGGAGAUGUCUGCAGUCAGAGUGUUCCCUUCCAGUGCUGUCCCAUCGCCCUGUUCUAAAUGAUGGUAUUUUAUAAACAGAGGUAUCUUGAAGUAUGCAAAGCAUUCCGUAUUUUUCUUGUAAAACUGUGCAUUGUAGUCUCUCUGAAUAUUUAAUGCUUGGUAUUCUUGGUCUUUCACUUGAUUUUCCUAGCUCUGGAUUGUUACACUGAGUUAGCAGGCACAUGGAAGUCCCAUCCCAAUCAGCAGUCACUGGAAAACUCCAAAGCGUAAUGAACAGCUAAAUCAUGUUAGACCUUCAUAGGCUCCUAAUGCGUAAGUUUCCAGCUUUACGCUUCCAUGGAGAGGUUUUCAAUUAAUCAACCCCCUGGUGCACACAGACACAUGCUCAUGCAGUUUUCUGUUCCUAAUCGAUCUUCUGCAGCUAAGUGGCUCUUGGCUAAAUGUGAGAACCCUGCUGUUGUGUGUCGCACCACAGACAACGUAUAAAAUACUGCUAAGCACUAGAACAGGUAUUUCCAGAUCCUUGAUCCUCCCCCUGCUCAGCAGAAGAGUUUCUGGACCCCGCAGGCUGAAGGUUUCCCAGCCUUGUCUCCAGCGCUGGCCUCGUGUCCUACCCAGUGAUGAAGUGGAAGUACUGCAACCUGCUGGCCAGCGCUUUCCUUUCCUUUCUUGAUUGGUUACAAGCAAGGUCUGGUUUCUAAAAAAAUGUGUAUAUUCCAAAAUAAGUAUUUCCAAGAAUCACCACAAAUGGGGGAAUUGUCAUUUUUGUUGUAUUUGUGUUUAUUAGAACAUAUGUACUUAUUACAAUUGUCAUUGUAAUAAACGGUAGUUCUUCAUAAUACUGUUGAAGAGCAGUUACUAAUUUUUUUUUUUCCAGACUCCUUUAACCUGUGUGGGAUUUCUGAUGGGGCAAGGAGUUUGGGAUCAGUCUAUAAGCUUAAUUCCAUCAGCACCAGUCUCCUCUUACUGCAGUUCACCCUUCUGCUAAUACUUGAGCAGAUGCAUGGAGAGCACUUGAAGAUAAAAUGUAUUUCUAAAGGUGCGAAUGGUUGGGGUUGCUGAGCUCCCUGGAGGGCUCAUGACCAGGCUGUUGUGCACCUCUCCUUUUCUCUCUUUGGAGCACAUAUUAAACAAUAGUAAGAGUCCUAAAAAGCUGAACUUCAUCUGCUGAAAAUUCCUUAUAUCCUGUUUCUGGUCCAAAGAGCAUCACCCUCUCACUGCUUGUAUCAAGGCGGGGGGAGUGACUGAUGUAGGGAGCCAGGGCGGUAAGAUACCUUGUGGGCACUAGAAAACUGGGCUGUGCUGAGUGGCGAGCGAUGCUCUGAAAGGAGAAAGAGUUGUCCUUCUCCUCCCACCCCCUGUGAGUAACCCAUUCUUCUGUUAUGGUUUUAAUAUGCAUUUGUAAUUACAUUUACUAAAUAGCACACCAUAAAGCUUUGGUUAUAUAUUAAAUGUAAACCGAAAGGAAUGUAAACAUAUGUAUUAAUUAUAAAUAGAUAAGUAAUGGCAUAAUAGAUACAAAAAAGUCUUAUUUGGAUGUAUCAGUCGUUUUACAUUAUCCACAGAUUGUCGCAUGGUAGAGUAGAUUUUUGUCUGAAUAUGUGAAUAACUUGCGUUUAUCUUUUUACAUAUUUAAUAAAAAAAUAUAUGUUAAAA